AUGGAGGAUUCCUACGAUUAUAUUAUCUGCGGGGGUGGCACCUCAGGAUGCGUGGUGGCCGGGCGCCUGGCUGAAAAUCCACACAUAAGGAUUCUUCUUAUUGAAGCUGGACAGCAUAAUAAGGACCUCGAAAAUGUCCACAUGGUCGGCGGCUGGGGUAAUCUGCUCGACACUACAACCGACUGGAACAUUGUCACUCCGCCCAUGCCCAAUGUCAAUAAUCGCCAAGUAAAGCUCAGCAGAGGCAAAUUUCUGGGUGGCUGCAGUGGCUGUAACGGCACAGUUUGCGUACGCGGCAGUCCGCAGGAUUACGAUGACUGGGGUCUGGAUGGCUGGAGUGGCAAGGAAUUUUUCAAGUACAUGCAAAAGGCCGAAACCUUUCACACUAAGCCCUGGUUUAAGGCGUCCGAUCGGCAUCAUGGAAACUCAGGUCCUCUUCACAUCGAACCACAUGACCUCGCGCCCAUUUCCGAACUUGUAAUGGACUCUUUCGUUUCGCAGGGCCUUCCAUUGGAUCAUGACAUGUUCACAACUGGUGAAACACCCCAUGGUUGUGGCCAUGUACCACGAUCAGUGUACAAUGGUAUCCGCACUACUAGCGGAGACUUUGUCACGAACGGGUAUCAUCGCAACAAUGUUACAAUAAUGACAGACACCACUGUGGACAGGGUACUCUUCAAGAAGACCCCGAGUGGGCUCAAAGCGGACGGUGUCUCAGUGGUAACAGCAAAUGGGCGACGGACACUGUAUGCCAAGAGGGAGAUAAUUAUUAGCAGUGGAUCUUAUUGUAGCCCUACAAUCCUAAUGAGGUCUGGGCUUGGUCCGAAGGAAGAGUUGCAGAAAAACAGUAUCGAGUGUUUGGUCAACCUCCCGGGGGUCGGGCAAAAUCUCAUGGAUCAUUUGAUCGUUUUUAUGUUCUACGAGACAGAAAAGCCCGGUCUGACGACCGACCACCACGUCUACCAUGGCGAGAAUUUCAACACAACCUAUGAGCUUUGGAAAGAGAAGAAAGAAGGGUUUCUGUCAACAUUUCCUUUUGGCGCCUUUGCCUUCGUGCGUCUUGAUGAACGUCUUAGGAAUGAGCCACUGUGGAAGAAUGCGCCACGACAGCCAGGCCGUGAUCCCAUGGGUUUGACACCAAAUCAGCCUAAUUACGAUCAAUUUCCCAUUGAUCACAAGUACGCAUUCUCAAUUAUCGCCGAAUUGUUCUCGCCCAGGUCUCGCGGUAGUGUGACACUGAAAUCUAAGGAUCCCUUGGAGAAACCUGUAGUGGACUGCAACUACCUCGCAGACCCACUAGAUCUGCUUGUCUUAACCGAGGCGUGUCGAUUCGCAAAUGAGAUCAUCACCAAAGGUGCUGGGACGAAGGACAUCGUGAAAGGCUCUUGGCCCCCUCAUCUGACACACCACACUUACACGAAGAGAGAGGAGUGGAUCCCUUAUGUGAAAGAACAUGCGACAACUUGCUACCACGCUGGAGGUACCUGCGCAAUGGGCCCAGAUGGCGAUACCCAAGCCGUUCUCGAUAACAAGUUGCGUGUUCGUGGCGUGACCGGACUCCGUGUGGCAGAUUGUAGUGUCAUGCCAACCCUGAACGGGGGACAUACUCAGAUGCCAGCUUAUGGGAUUGGCGAGAAAUGUGCGGACCUCAUCAAAGAAACAUGGACAUCGUCCCAGACCUUCAAUGUGGCAAAACUCUGA